AUGGAGCCGAGCAGUCCCAAAAAGAUCCAGUUCUGUGACCCUCCUCUGCAAGACCAGCUGGACCCUCAGGCUGCAGAACAAAUCAGACGCAGGAGACCCACCCCUGCCUCCCCCUUCCAGGUCUGCAGACAGCCUGAAGCAGAUGUGGCUCAACAUUCUCCAGUGAGGAACUCUCAGACUGCACAUUGCGCAGAGAGGAAGUGUAGCGCACACAGCCCUCCGUCUACAAAAGACUUUUCAUGUGACAUGGACAAAACAGGCCGCCGGCUGAGCCACAAGAGCCUCAGCAUGUCCCUGUGGCGUCCAGGAGUCCUUCUCUCACCAGGAGCAGAGGAGCAGUGGCUGAACUCCGAGCUCCUCCUGUGUGACAGCCCCUAA